AUGAAGAAAAGUACAUUAAGCAUUCUUGCUGAACAUCUGAAUCCCAACCAUCUUCUUGGAGAGAAAUCUGAUAACAUAGAAAGUGAGGCCAAGGACAUCAGUACAGCCAACAUCUGCUUCGAGGUCCUGGGGCUCUUGACAACAUGCAGGACCCUGGUGGCACCUGGCAGAGGCUUCUUUGCCCUGGCCAUUCUGCUGGCAAUUGUGGACAUCCAGCUUGGUGAUACGGGGAACUACACAGUAAUGGGAUUGAAACAAACAGGACACCCUGAGUUUGGCCAGAGUAAAGGUGCUCUCAGUUCAGGCUUCCUGCAAGAAAAGGUCUGGAUGAUGCUGGUCACCAGCCUGGUGGCCUCUCAAGGUAUGUUCAGAAGAGCCUUAAGCACCCCAAGCAAUGAGGGUGCUAUACCUUGGACAUCUUGAUUAUUCUCUAGAAGGGUGGAAAGGAAGCCCAGAGUGAGAGAGAAAUGCUCCUCAGGCCCUGGCUGUCCACAGGAAAACAUCACAGCAGUAUGA